UAUUAAGGACAAAGUAUGAAGUGUACAGAAGUUCUGGCGAAAUUUAAAAUAUUUUUUAUUUUUGUUACGUGGCAGAAUAUCGGACAAGUGGUGACCUUUAACAUUGACCUUAAGACCGUCAAUGUCUACCGUGGCCCAUCGGAGACAUAUUUUGGAUUUUCUGUAGCACAACAUCAAACUGAAGGCGUUAGUUGGUUACUUGUUGGAGCUCCAAAGGCCCAAACUGAUCAACCAAAAGUAAGGAGGGGGGGCGCUGUGUACAAAUGUAGUGUAGAUAAUCCAGUGUCAUGUCAACAAAUUCCUUUCGAUAAAACAGGGCAUGGAGAGCUCAACAAUCAGAAAUCGGACAACAAGUCUAAUCAAUGGUUCGGGGCUUCAGUCACGAGCAGCGGUAAAGACGGGACUAUUGUGGCUUGUGCACCUCGUUACGUCCACUUCUCAUUCAACCAUAAACGCAGAGAACCCGUUGGCACUUGCUGGAUAUCACAUGCGUCUUUCUCAGAUUUUUACGAGUACUCCCCCUGUCGAACAAUGCCUUGGGGAUAUUCCCGACAGGGGUCGUGCCAAGCAGGGUUCUCAGCAGCCGUUACACAGGCAAGUCAAGUGUUUUCACGACGGCUGAACGUUCAAGAGUUAGUUGAUGAAUGGACAUCAGAAGGACCGGCUGAAGACGACAACAGUUAUUUAGGAUAUUCAUUGGCGGCUGGAGAAUUUACAGGCGACAGUGACGCAGACAUCGUGGUUGGCAUGCCCCGGAGUAACCUUACUGGGAAAGUUGUAAUCUUCAGUUCCGAAUUACGAAAUGUGCAGAACAUAACAACAGAAGAUAUAGGUACUUACUUUGGUUACGCCGUGUGCAUCUCGGAUAUCAAUGGAGAUGGUUUAGAUGACAUUAUUGUUGGAGCGCCUUUACACAGUAACCUGUCGGCCAACGAUGGAACUUACGAAAAAGGCAGAGUCUAUGUAUACUACCAGGCAACUGAUCAUAAGUUCCUUCAGAAGGACCAUUUGGAAGGGACCGACUCAAAGGGCCGUUUUGGACUAGCUCUGGCCUCGUUGGGUGACGUAGAUGGAGACAGUUACGAGGAUUUUGCUGUGGGGGCACCGUAUGCUGGGAAAAAUGAACGUGGAAUUGUUUUUAUUUACCUCGGCAGUCACUAUGGAGUUAGAAAAGAGCCUUCUCAGACUUUGUCAGCAGAAGAUAUUAAUGAUGUUGGCCUCAAGACGUUUGGAUAUUCACUAGCAGGCAGUAUGGAUCUGGACAAUAAUCAUUAUCCAGAUCUUCUUGUGGGUGCCUAUGAAUCUGAUAGAGCUGUGUUUUUUAGAUCACGACCUGUGGUCAAUGUUACAACCCAAGUGAUGUUUGACCGAGAAACCAUUGAUAUGAAAGAGAAAUUGUGUACCCUAAAAGAUGACACUAAAGUCUCCUGUGUAGUUAUGACUGUUUGUUUUGAAUACAACGGAACCAGGCUUCCAGAUAAUAUUGUUUUUUUGUACACCACCAAACUGGAUGCAAAUCAUCAACAUGGCCCUAGAAUGUUCUUUUUAACAGAUGAAGGCACAAGUGAGAAGACUGUCGAAGUUAACCUGCAGAUUCAUUCCCUGUACUGCAAGAGCGUAUACACAUACACCCUAGAUGUAGUGAGAGACAAAUUGGCUCCAAUCACUGCUGAUGUGUACUUGGAUCUAAAAGAAACUAAUAACGAAAGAAGAUUGUUGCAGCCAGUACUAAACCAGACUCAGAAAUACCCUGUAACUAGCCAGGUUAAUUUCCAGAAAAACUGUGGGAAAGAUAAUGUUUGUAUACCAGAUCUCAAAAUCAACAUAAUUCCGAACAUGGACCAAUUUCUGAUUGGAAGCAAAGAGAAACUGGAGUUGAAUGUUAAUAUAACCAAUGAUGGGGAGGAUGCUUUCGAAGCAAUGCUUUUCCUAACUAUCCCUCAGGGUAUAAAUUAUGUAAAUAUUAACAAGAGUAAAUCGAAUGCUCCUGUAAGCUGCAGUCCUGUUGAAUUGGAGAAUGAGGAUAAACAACUAGUUUGUGACAUUGGUAACCCUAUGCCUGCUUUAACACAGGUAAGAUUUAUCAUAAUUUUUGCACCUGCUAAGCGCUUGUCUAAGGCUUUUGAUUUAUCGUUCAGUGCUGUAGUAAACAGUACCAACAAAGAAGAAGAAGCUGAUUUAGUAGACAACACUCAUUACAUUCAUCUACCAGUCAGAGUUGAAGUAGAAAUAAAUUUGCAUGGAAUUUCCAUUCCUGAGACCUUGUCUUACAACUUAUCAGAAGUUUUACCUGAAAGUAAGAUGAGAAAAGAAAGUGAAAUUGGCCCUGAAGUUACUCAUGUUUAUGAGGUAAUCAACAGAGGACCAAGUGUAAUACUAAGUGCUGAGGUGCAUUUGUUGUGGCCCUCCUACACUCUUUAUGGGAAACACUUGUUGUAUUUGAUGGAACAGCCAAAAGUUCGAGGAAAUGGGUCCUGUCUCACAGUGCCUAAUAUUAAUCCUUUGAGUCUUCAGAGAGUGGCAAAAACAAUGUCCAUGGAACAUCUCUUUAAGGAGAAUGAAAAUAAGAAGAACACAUCAAAUUUAAGAACAAAGCGAACCACUAAUGAAGAAGAUGAUUCCUUCUCUAAAGAAGUGGAAUGUAAACCUAACCAGUGUACUCACAUACGCUGUACUGUCUACAGCCUCCAUGAGAAUGAGCAGGUAUUUUUCACUGUUCGAUCCCGACUUUGGGCAAGGAAUGUAGAAGCAUUGGGCCUGCCUGCAGUUCAGAUAUCUUCAAAAAUUGUCAGUCGAGUUACAGAAUUGCCGUAUGAUGUUGAUCCAAGUUAUCUGCCUUACAAAGUUCACAUAGUGACCACCCCUGUUACAACAGAAGACUUGGGGGAAUGGCUAGGUGUACCCUGGUGGGUUAUAGUUUUGGCUGCGUGUCUUGGACUGUUGGUUCUAGGCCUCCUUAUCCUAGUUUUUAGGAAGCAUGGGUUUUUUGAAAGAAAACGUCCUCCAGGACAAGCAGAAAAAGAACCUCUCCACAGUGAGAAGAAUGGGUACCAGUGGAAACAGGGGGAUGAAGCUUUGUGAAGUUUUUAUGCAGUAUACUUCAAUUAAUGAGUCACAGAAUGGUUUUGUAAAAAUUGUCUUUAAUCACUGCCACUGGAAAACUUAAAUGAAUUUCAUUUGCUGAUGCCUGUUGUUCAGGUUCGUGGGUUUUGAAUUUUAACCAUAAUUUUUGUUUUUUGUAAGAUAGAAAUUAAUUCAUAUAUCAUGCUGUAGCCCACAUGUUUAAAAACAACUUAAACUCACAAAGAAAGUAUUGGAACUCUGUUUUUCAUGCAGUGUACAUUGUUGAAAUUUGUGAAUAAUAUAUAAAUACUUACACGUACACACACAUAUAUAUAGAUAGAGAGAUAUGGCCAUGCAAGGUUUCAGCUUUGUACUUAAGUCACCAUCAAUUACAAGAAGAUAAGGAAAUUUAGGCACAACGGAAAAUAAUAGAUCAAAAAAAUUUUCUUAUAACGUGCGACAAGAUCAACUAUAAAAUAACCAACAUUAUUGGCUAUCUAUAAACAGUAUCAAUGAGGAAGAGGAAAUAAAAUUAUAUAUAUAUAUUUAAUUAUAUUUAUCAUAAAUUAAUAUUAGGCUUACUGUAUUUUUUAACACACCAACCCUUUAUCAGUCCAUCAGGACUUUUUUCAAGAAAAAAGUAUGUAUGAUAGUAAUUUAACCAUAUUAUGUCUUACAUAUCCAUUGCUGACAAAUAAGGAGUUCAUACCCUAACAAUUGUUGUUAAAAACAUUUACUUUUUCAAAUAAAAAAUGCAUUUAU